AUGCCUGUUUUCGAAUACCUUCCUAAACACUUAAACUACUACGACUUCAUGAGAAGCUCAAAGUUCUGUUUCUGUCCUAGUGGCUACGAAGUAGCUAGCCCUAGACUCACCGAAGCCAUCUACUCCGAGUGCAUCCCCGUCAUCCUCUCCGUUAACUUUGUCUUACCCUUCAGUGAUAUCCUUCGUUGGGAGACUUUCUCUGUACAGGUCAACGUCUCAGAGAUUCCGAGGCUGAAGGAGAUUCUCAUGUCAAUAUCCGAUGAGAAAUACCAAAGGCUUAAACGUAAUUUGAGGUACGUGAGGAGACAUUUCGAGCUCAACGAUCCACCUAAGAGGUACGAUGCGUUUCACAUGAUACUUCACUCCAUUUGGCUACGUAGGCUUAACUUGAGGCUCACGUAA